AUGACCGAGCCUGAGCGCCCGCGCAAAUUGUUGGCGCCGCAGACGUACGUGAAGCUCGCUCACGACACGGCGCCCGAUGGCACAGUGUCUACCUACAUCCUCAACAAGAUGACGAUGGAGCGCACGCGGCGGAUCCUGUCAUCCAGCUACUUCCCGCUCAUGCAUUUUUUUGCCGCCGCCGCCCCGCAGGAGUGGCAGCUCGGCAUCAGCGAGGAUCCUGGGGAGUUUCAAGGCCUCGCGUACGUGUCGGACGGUGCGCAGACUUCGUGGACGUCAGAUCUAUUCCGCUUUAACGUAUGGGAAGAGUUUCACGCCGUUGGCACGACCAGCACCGAGUUGUACGAGCUCGGCGAGAAGAAGUGCAACUUUGACGAGUUGCGAGCGCACUGUGAUUUUGUUGACCUUCGGCUGGCGCCUCAGACUUGGGACCAGACAGGGAAGUCAGUGCGGAGUGCAGCAUUCAGGUACCCCAGCCCAGUCGGUCGAGUUUGGAUAGACACCGAGCAUCUGUUCAAGACGUUCAAGUUUAACAUACUCCACGGCAACGGCUCUGAUUUCUUUCACAACAGGAAGGGGCGCAUGAUGACUCUGUGCAAUCUGUUCAUGAUCGACAUCGAGGCGUACAGGCCGUCGCUGUCGUACAGCUCCGCGGACGCCACGAACGACCGCGAGAGGACGGUGCCGUUCCCUUCGCUCCACAUAUCACUUGUGUACCUGUACUCUUUCUUCGCGGCGUUCAACAACUGCAAGUCUCGGGGCGGCGUGAGCGAUCCGACGGACAAGGCUAAGUUCAGGGCAAUCGUGGAGGGGAUCACAGCUUGGAUCAGGCCGAAGUCGAAGCUCGAGGUAAAGCUGGAUGCGGAUGCAGAGAGGUUGACGGGCGGUAGGUUCGCGGGCCGCAACCCUUGCACAUUGCUGAUCACAGAGACUGGCUUAGUCGACCUCUCGGAGUUCGCGGAAGUUCUUCGGCGGAUGCAACCAGCGCUUCACGCCAAAACAUUUGCCGCGUUGGCUGGGCAUUACCGUUACAAUGGCAAGCCGUUUAUUGAUUACAUUACUGCCAUCGUGAUUGGGAUCAGCCAGUCGUCUCCGAAGUUGGUCAGGGUCGUCGCAGCGCAGGUGGUUGCAGCUGCGGUCGAUGAGAUCGAGGCGUUCUCUACACGGAAGCUGAAGCAGUAUUGCGUCGGCGGGGGGGCGACGCGCGUUCUCUCGCAGGCCGAUUCCGAGACGCCGAUGGAGCGCGUGGCUCAGUCUACCAUCAUGGAUGGCAACUGGAGGCACGUCGAGCGGGAGCUCGAGCGGUACAGGCUUGCCAGCAAGGUCGCGUUCAACGACACCCAGUGCAUCAGCUUGAGCGGCCCAGACGCCACGAAGAUAGGUGCGGACCUGUCCGUGAUGGUCGCGUUCGCCAUGGACCCCGUGGCGAAGAUCGUCGCUUGCAUGCCGCCACAGGAUCCGUG